AGAGAUGUGGAAACUCGGCGCCAUAGAGUGAGACAGUGAAUCUUGGGGUUUUAUUUUUCAUCUUCCAAAAAGAAAGAGGGUCCCUGACUGAUAUAUUGAAGAACCCAGAUUCUCUGGAGAAGAGAUUCACCCACUGAGGGAACCCGGACCAUGAGGCUUUUCCCUGUUUUGCUUUGGAUUCUCUUUCCAGGCUGCCAGGCAGUGCUGGUUGUGACAGGCCCCAGGGCAGUGCGUGGCCAGCCAGGGGGGUUGGUGACGGUGCGUUGUCAGUACAACAGAGGUUUUGAGGCUCUCCCGAAGUUCUGGUGUGGAGGAAGAACUUGGCACUGUUCCAACGGUCGCAUAGUUGAGACCACAGGGUCACAGGCUGUGGUGAAGCAGGGCAGAGUCUCCAUCCGAGACAAUCACACCCAGCGCGUGUUCACUGUGACCAUGGAGAACCUGACACUGGCCGACGCUGGCACUUACCAGUGCGGGGUGCUGAAGACUGGCCAUCCUGAUCCCCGGAAUUCUGUGAAAGUCAUCGUCUCCUCAGGGCUGACAAAGCAGCCAGAUGCACCUUCCUCCCUAAACACUGACUUGAACUUCUCCCCUACAACAGUCAUCAAUGAUACACGAUUCAUCAUUCUUUUCCUGCUCCUGCUCUUACUGAAGGGCCUCAUCUUCCUGUCCAUCAUCGGUGCUACCAUCUGGGUGAGCAUGCUGUACCAGAGUAGCUGCAGGGAGAUGAAGCCAGACGGACAAGCUCAUUAACUGCCUCUUUGCAAGCUCUUCCAUCUGGGUUGGAAGUAGCAGAAGAAGAUUGGAUUUCCAGCUUUGUGCAAAGUAUUCCACGCAAAGGGCCUGGUUUUCUUCUGCUCUCAAGUGAAGCUAUUUCCCCCAUGUUCUCAGAGGAUGGAGUCUGCUGGAGGUGUCUGUGUCUGUGUUUCCCAGACCAGGGUUUCUAGGGUUGUAUCACUCAUGGAUCAAAGAGAAAAGCCCCCAGGAACGACAGUUUUGUCAGUGGAACAAAAGCUCUUCUGCGAAAAAUAAGAAAAACCCCUAGUCCUAGGAAGAAAGGAAGGAAGGAAGGAAGGAACGGUUGGAGAACUUCGGGCCCAAUCCAUGCCUGGUGUAGGCAAAUGUAACUCCACUAAAUCACAGACCCAAACAUGGUCAGAACCAGCGGCUACAGAGGCUGCCCUCGAGAUAGCUGGAAUCUACAUGGUCAUGGUGCUAUCAGGUCACACAAUGGAAUUGCCACCAGGUGUUCUCCAGUGGAAUCCCCUCCCUUCCUUAAUCCCAACUGUCCCAGGCCUGUUAAUCUUGCAAAGCCAUGUCAUUUCGCAGGCUUCUGGGGCGGUGGGGUUGACUAAGAGCUGGGAUUUGUGCUUCAAGGUUGGGAUGACGCUAAAUGGAGUCACAUUUUCUCCUAAAGUGAAGACAUUUAGGAAAGAAAAGAGGCCCAACUGAAGAGACAGAUUUCCACACAGCUUGGCUCCCAGUUGCCCGUUUGCUUCCCCCACCCCACACCUUCUCUGGCACAAGGCACAGUUCCCACAGACACCAACUGGCCGAACAGCAGGCCCACAAAUGUUUGUAGAAUAUUCUUUCCAACCCCUUCCUAGAUUUGAGGAGGCGGCUGGGUUUAUUUGUGUUUGUACAAGUUUGUUGUAUUUUUAGUUUAUGGUAAAUACA